AUGAUUGAAGAUAUCGAAAUUGUUUCAGUCAGAAAUCCAGUUCCAAUCAGUGAGAAAACAUAUUAUAGUGAUACAAGUUAUGAUGUGACAAUAACAUCAACAAAAGACGUUGUUUUCUAUUACACACUUUUCGAAAAACCUGAAGAAAUUGGAACUUGUGAUGAAGAGUUUAUCUACUUCAGAAACGAUCAAAAGCCAUUCUACGCCGGUUUAGAUUCGAAUUCAAAGCAGAAAAAUUUGAUUAUAAGCGAUAAAAAUAAAACAGUAUGUGGAUAUGUAAUUGUGGCAGCUCCAUCAUACACAAUUGAAAAUACGAAUUUCCAUCGAUAUUAUUCUACAUACGAACAAGAUUAUCGAUCAUCAUUUGCUAUUAAAAUGGGACCUCAAAACAUUAAGGAUUUUGAUAUCUUGUACUCUCUUCCAUUUUAUCCAGCAGGAGAUAUCAAAUUCCGAAAGAGUGAAAUUAUAUAUCAUACAGACCUAAUUACAGUUCAAAGCAAUGUAACAAAUGAUUACAGUUCAACUUCAGCACUUAACGGAUACUAUGAAUAUUAUUAUAGAAUAAAUAUACCUAAAGAUGGUCUUGAUCUUAAUUUCGAUAAAUGUACAUUGGUAUUUCACAAUGGACCAAAAUUCACAAUGGUUGAAAAAGGAGGCAAAGAAUUUUUAGGUAAUACAGGUAUCGAUGUUAUUAAUGCAACAUCACCAGCAUUCUUUACUAUCAAACCUCUCAAUGAAAGCGAAACAUAUCAUGAAUUGAACUUAACGAUUUCAAAUCCCUCUGAGUAUUCAUUCCAUGAUAUUUAUGUUAUUCCACCUAAUGAUUUUAAUUUCUAUGUUUUAGUGCACAACGAAGAUCAAUACAAGAAUAUUUUAACAAAUAUCUCUGCGUUCAAACAAAUGAAAUUUAACAUCGAAAUUCAUAAUUUACAUUCAUUUAAUCAUCUUACUUGGUCAAAUAAAGGACGUUAUGAAAGUGAAAAUGAAAUAACAAAAGGUAGCAUAAUCUCACGGAUUCAAUAUAACUCUGGACAUGAUUUAUAUACUAAAUCAUUUUCAGCGUAUAGAUCAGUGUUUCGCAAUACUUCUGAACCUUUUGAAGAUGAAGAAAUAUCGGGAUUUUAUAAAGGUGCAUCUAGUUUACUUAGACAUCAAAAAAUUUUGAGACCAUAUCCGGAUGCCAAAGAAGUAUUUCAAUUUGGAAAUAGCAUUGCUCCACAAUAUGAGGGAGGUACUAGUUUGCCACUAUCCACAGGAGUUCUAGUAGCUGUAAUUGUUGUUCCAAUAGUUGUUGGAAUUGCUCUCAUGGCUCUUUUCAUUUGUUUGUGCUGUAAAUAUUGUGAAUGCUGCAAUCGAGAAACACAAUACAGAGGUGGUGGUAGAAGCUAUGGCGGCGGUGGUGGAGGUGGAGGCUAUGGUGGUGGUGGUGGUGGUGGUGGUGGCCGUAGCUCAAGCUCAAGUUCAAGUUCUGGUGGAGGAGUUAGUAUCAGUUUUAGCAAUAGUAGUUAA